UCCGCGGCGCCGGUGCGGGUGCGGGUGCGUGGCUGAGGCGGCGGCCGCGUCCCUUAGGGCCAUGGCGUACGACGAGCGGCUGGCCCGCUUCCGCCAGGCGCACCUCAACCCCUUCGACAAAGCCUCCGAGCCGCCGCCGCCGCCGCCGCAGGAGCGGCCCGACGGGGGGGACCCGGACCCAGGCCAGCGGCUGGACCCGUCUUCGGGGGACCCCGAGAGCGCGCUGGACCUGGGCCUGGCCGAGGAUCACUUCUCCCGCCCCGUGGGCCUGAUCCUGGCGUCGGACGUGCAUCAGCUGCGCCAGGCCAUCGAGGAGUGCAAGCGGGUGAUCCUGGCGCUGCCUGAGCACUCGGAGCAGCAGAAGGACGCGGUGGUGCGGCUCAUCCACCUCCGCCUCAAGCUGCAGGAGCUGAAGGACCCCGGCGAGGAUGAGCCCAACAUCCGGGUGGUGCUGGAGCAUCGCUUCUACAAGGAGAAGAGCAAGAGCGUGAAGCAGAUGUGUGACAAGUGCAGCACCAUCAUCUGGGGCCUCAUCCAGACCUGGUACACCUGCACAGGCUGCUACUACCGGUGCCACAGCAAGUGCCUGCCCCUGGUGAGCAAGCCCUGUGUGCGGGCCAAGGUCAGCCAUCAGGCCGAGUACCAGCUCAGCAUCUGCCCCGAGAGCGGGCUGGACAGCCAGGACUACCGCUGCGCCGAGUGCCGGGCCCCCGUCUCCUUGCGGGGGGUGCCCAGCGAGGCCCGGCAGUGCGACUACACAGGCCUCUACUACUGCAGCAGCUGCCACUGGAAUGACCUGGCCGUUGUGCCCGCCCGUGCCAUCCACAACUGGGACUUCGAGCCCCGCAAGGUGUCGCGCUGCAGCAUGCGGUACCUGGCGCUGAUGGUGUCCCGGCCUGUGCUGAAGCUGCGGGAGAUCAACCCACUGCUCUUCAACUACGUGGAGGAGCUGGUGGAGAUCCGGAAGCUGCGCCAGGACAUCCUGCUCAUGAAGCCCUACUUCAUCACCUGCAAGGAGGCGAUGGAGGCACGACUGCUGCUGCAGCUUCAGGACCGGCAGCACUUUGUGGAGAACGACGAGAUGUACUCGCUGCAGGACCUGAUCGAUAUCGAGGCCGGUCGCCUGAGCUGCUCCCUCACUGAGAUACACACCCUCUUUGCCAAGCACAUCAA